AUGUUCAGGAUAACAUUGUUUAUAUUGGUAACACUAAACCCCUCCUCAUGAUUAACUGUUAUAUUAAUUAAUGUAUCAUUUUUUUAUUUUUUACAGGCGUAGCGGUAAGACGUGCCAGGAUUUGGCCGUUCAGCUGGACGUGUUUGACGAGCAGCGGGAGAACGACGAAGCUCAGAACGCAAACCAGGGGGUUGAUCUCAACUCCCACCUAGAAGUAUUCUAUGCCAUUCUCAACAGGGUUGCAGACACUCCGCAAGAGAUACCAUUCCUGAGUAUCCUGCAACAUCUGCUGAGGAUAGACCCAAAGGAACCAGUAAGUGACAUAGUGUGGGACACGGCGGAGCGGCUGGUCCACCGGGCUACCCUGCUGGAGUCGAGGGAGGACGCGACCCGACUGCUGAGGUCGCCCAGCCAGAAGCAGCUGGCCUGCCACCAGCUGGGGAGCAGGAAGGCCAGCCUCAGCACCACCGCAGCCGCCGCAGCGCCGCCUCCGCCGCCCCCACCCGCGGUCCCGCCGCCGCCUCCGCCCCCGACUGCUCCGCCACCGCCGCCGCCGGCCCCCAUGGCACCGCCGCAGCUCCGGCCUCCGCCUCCCGCCGCGCCCUCUGUCAGCCCCGAACCUCAGGAGGCGGCCAAUGUCAAGUUACUGCCUCAGCAGGAGACACCCACCCCCAAGACCAAGAUGAAGACCAUCAACUGGAACAAGAUUCCAAAUAACAAGGUUGUUGGUAAGCACAACAUUUGGUCCGUUGUCGCUAGAAAUCACCAAGGUUCGCCAAUGGCUGAUUUGGAUUGGUCUGAAAUGGAAGGUCUGUUUUGUCAACAAGCGCCUGCCUCGACACCCUUAACUGCUUCCCCCAGACCUUCCAGGGAUCAUUCUGAUUCAAAGAAAAAAGAAGCUGCAGAGAUAGCCUUACUGGAUGGCAAAAGGAGCUUGAAUGUGAAUAUUUUCCUGAAGCAAUUCCGAAGUUCAAAUGAAGACAUUAUACAACUGAUCAGAAAUGGUGAGCACGAUGACAUUGGUGCAGAGAAGUUGAAAGGUCUUCUGAAGAUUCUUCCAGAAUUAGAUGAACUUGAGAUGUUGAGAAAUUUUGAUGGAGACAAAUCAAAAUUAGGAAAUGCUGAAAAAUUUUUACUCCAGCUGAUUGAAGUACCUAAUUAUAAACUAAGAAUUGAGAGUAUGCUGCUGAAGGAAGAAUUUGCUGCAAACAUGAGUUAUUUGGAGCCAAGCAUUAAUGCAAUGAUUGUUGCUGGUGAAGAUCUAAUGAGGAAUGAAUCAUUGAGAGAAGUUUUGUAUAUGGUUGUGGUGGCCGGGAAUUUCCUGAAUUCUGGUGGAUAUGCUGGAAAUGCUGCUGGCGUAAAGUUAUCAUCAUUGCAGAAACUCACAGAUAUAAGAGCCAACAAGCCUGGAAUGAACUUAAUUCACUUUGUAGCAUUGCAAGCUGAGAAGAAACGUAAAGAACUUCUUCGUUUCCCUGAUGAUAUGGCGAUACUGGAAGAAGCUACAAAGACAACUAUUGAGCAGCUUCUCAAUGAAAUAAAUGCCUUGGACUCAAGAAUAAAAGUGGUCCACAAACAAAUAGACUUGCCCACUACUGAGAAAGAAAUUAAAGACCAAAUGGCUGAAUUUCUCAAAAUAGCCGACCAGGAAGUAUCAGGGCUGAAGAAAGAUAUGGAAGAGCUUGAAUCUGUUCGGAAAUCACUCUCUGAAUUCUUCUGUGAAGACCCUGGCGCCUUCAAACUUGAGGAAUGCUUCAAAAUAUUCCAUGGGUUUUGUAAUAAGUUCAAGCAAGCUGUUAUUGAGAAUGAGAGAAGAAGAGUUCAAGAAGAACAGGCUGCCGCCAGAAGGAAACAGAGAGAAGAGCUCGCUGCAAAGAGAAAAACCUUGGGAACACAAGGAUCAAAUGGCUCAGAAUCAGAAUGUAAUAUUGUUGAUUCCUUACUCUCUGACAUAAGAUCUGGUUUUGCUCAAAAAGGCUCUGACAACAGAGUAAGGAAGAUUGGAAAUGGUAUGAUGACCUCCGAGGAAGACAUCUCCAUUAUGGGAUCUCCUGCUCUUUCUAGGAGAAGGCUUGGUUCAUUUUCUUGUGACCAGCCACCCAGCAGUGGGCGUGAAGAUACGUAUUCACCUGACAUCACACCCACUGGUAGCCUGAGGCGUAGGAGGAGUAGAGUACCUUCUGAGGAAGAUGAAUCAACCUUAAUGGAUUUCCUUCGAGCAUCUGGACAUGAUGGAUCAAGGGAAAGAAAGUCUUGGGGUAGUUUGGAUCGGUCCUGGGCCAGGCGUGCUCGAGGUGGAGGAAGGAAAAGGCCUGAUCUGCUUACCGCAGACUUUUCUGGAGAAAGGGAAAGACCAACAUCACCAUCAACACUACCUACAACACCCGAUGAGGAAUGUAAACCCAAACCAUGGAAGCAAAAAAUUGAAGCAUGGUUAUCCGAAAACGAAAAAGAAGACAAGCAUAACGAGGAGAUACGAAGACGACCGAGACGAUUCCAAGGUAAUAGGCGGUCGCUCGAAGCUGAUUCAGAGAGCGAAGGAAGGAGUGGUACCUUGGAUACAUUACCUGAAGGCAAGCUCGCAGAUGGAAGUUUGCAAUACAAGAGAGUGUACUCUGACUGGAAACCAACUAUUGAUAAAACAGAUGUUGUUGGUGCAAUGGAAGCUAUAGCUGAAGUGCAACCACAGUCUCCAGUAAAAGAUAAAUCUCCUUGGAGAAAAUCUAACCUUAAUGUACCUAACACUUCAGAACAGACUGAUCUUGAUGUGCGAAGAUUGAGAAGGUUGAAAUCUCGGGGUAGUAUGGAUGCUGUGCCACCUUCCAGUCUUCAGUCUAUCAAUGAAGAAGAGAAGAGGAAGGAAGUAAUAAGAACCCUUGGUGAAUCCAUGUCACCUGAGGAAAGCCUACCCAUUUAUAUUCGUUGUCCCACUGAGCAGCAGCAGCCUCCCGAGCAACCUAUUACCCUUAAUAAAUUCAAAGGCGGAAAAAUGAGUCCAUUAUUAGCCAGAAGGGUAUUUCCAGAUAUGGCUGAUCGAUCGCCUGAAGAACAAAAUUUACCCCCUUUUGCACCCAGGAGAUCUCGAAAGCCUGAAAUUUCCGACAAAGUAGAAAUAGAUUCUGACAAUAUUGAAACACCUCCAGCUGCUCGCAAAGUGCUUAGGGACCAUCAGCGUUGUUCUAGAAUGUUAAAAGAUGAAGAUGUGAAAGAAGAAGAAGAAUCCCCAUUGGGAGAUGGACAGUUUGAUCGGUUUGCAGCUUCCAGGAGAACAUUAAGGUAUAGGAAACCAGUCGAAGAAGAAACGCCCAAGAGGCCAGAGGUGACAUCACCUGAAUUAGUACCUGAAACACAAGUGAUAAAACCUGAAACUCAACAAGCUCAAUCUAUACCUGUUGAAAAACUAUCUCCUAAAGAUAAGGAAUCACGUUUGAAAAAAUGGCAAGAUAAACUGAAAAGUAAGAUUGAAAUAGAUCCAGAGGAAGAAGCUAUAGCAAACAUCGAAAAAUCUAGCGAGGAGCUACAGAAGUUGUCCACAUCAGCAACUUUACCACGGUCCUUCAGGAGAAAUACUUCUGUUGACCCAAAGGAUGUCCUUGAGGCUAUUGGGAAACAGUUGAAAGAGACAUCUGAAGCAGAGAAACAAUCAGAAUCAAAAUCAGAUGAUUGUAAACUAAGUGAAGCCAUAAAUAGGCUCUCAGCUUCAUCAACUUUACCUAGAUCAUACCGAAGAAGAACUAACAUAGAUCAAAGUGAUGUUGCCAAAGCAAUUAAAAGGUUUAGCUCUAAUCAAGAUGAUUUCGACAAGUUAGCUCCUCUUUCACAAAGCUCCCAAAGCAACCUGAAGACUGAAGGACCUUCAUUGAAGAAUAAUACAACUCCUCAACAAAUUUCAGAUAGUAAGUCACCAUUUGUUAAAAAUGAUUUCAUUCCUGAAAUUAAAAUUCAUGUAAAUACCCCAGGAAAGUGCCGAAAUGAACAUGAUUUAAAUGAUGAAGGAUUUGAAGAAACUCAGAGUUUAGUUUCUGAAACACCUAGCCAAGGAGCAUCUUCUGGAAAUUUUGAAGGUGACUUUGUAGAUGCUCCAAAGCCCAGGACAGAGUCAAAGAAACUUCUUAGAGCUGACAGCAGUGGAAGUGGAGAUACAAGUAGUGGUGUAAAUAUGAAGGAAUUUAAAAGAACCUCUUCAAUGAGAUCUCCUACUAGUUCUGAAAAGAAAAGUGUCAUCCCAAGGCGGUCUGCUAGUUUAAGGAAAUCUGAUUCUCAGUCCAGUUUAACAAGACAGCAAAUCUUAGAUAAGAAAACUCCUUUAGCAAAAACUGAAAGUACUCCUGCUCAAAGAAGGAUUUUAGCCCUGGCUAAUAAACAGAAUUCAAAACCUGCUGUUUUAAAAAGUGAUAGUAAUAUUAUUCAAACACCAAAGUCUUCUGCACCUUUAAAGCAACCCCAGAAGGUUGUCAAAAGCACUGCUCCUAACAAAUCACCUCAUUGUGUUCUACCCAAGAAGAAGGUUGAACGCUCCAGUUCCAAGAGCAGUUUAAGAAGUUCAAGAAGUUCAUUGAACAGUGCAGCAUCAGUAAGCACAGUGCGAAAUGUCCGUCCAAUUCCUGAAAUCAAAAGUUAUACAAAAGCCAUUAAAAAUCUUACCUCUGAACUUAAAAAGGAGGUGAAAAAACCUCUUGGGCAAAGCCAAGUAAGGAGCAGCAAACCGACUGUCCCAGCCAGUAGGAGUAGCUCCAGUGGAAGUAGUAUAGGACCUGUGGUACGAAGGCCAAGGGUAGCUUCUGGUGUCAGCACCAGCUUCAAGGAAAACCAGGUCAUUGGUGCUCCACCAGCGAGCAGCAGUAGUGGUGAAAGCAUUAAUGGAACGGUCAAAAAGUCCGGUCUCAGCUUCAUGAGGCCUACAGCGGCCAGCGCAGCCAAAGACUCUAUCGAUUCUGUCAGGCAUCGGGCCACUCUUAGAUCUAUUAAAUAA